UAAAGUAGUUCAGUACAGCAAAGCGGCGCAGCAAAAUCCUUCUUCUCCCCCUCGUUUCUGGUUUCUGCAUCAUCUUCUUCAUCCAAGUAAGAAGAGAAAGAAGAACAAGCUCUCACCAUCCAGGGUCACCACCAAUCACCAUUACAAGUUUCUUUGACUGUGGUUUAGCGAGAAACGAUUUUUCUUUCACUAAGCCCACAAUGGGAAAGAUCUGCCUUGAAGUUUGCCUGAUUUCAGCUCGUGGGCUAAACCAGUCCACGAUCUUGUGGAACCGCCAUUGGUUUGCUGUGGGAUGGACAGAUCCGAAGAACAAGUACUGCACGAAGAUCGACUCUUCAGGGACUUCGAACCCAGUUUGGAAGACCAAGUUCUCAACUGUACUUGACAGUGACAACGGCUCAGCUCUUCAAGAUCUGGUCUUGCAGGUUGAAGUUUAUAGCAGGGACCCCGUUUUCUUGACAGAGAAGCUCCAGGGGACGGCUAGUAUUGCUUUGAGAGAGUUUCUGGUGAAGCUUCACAGAAAGGGUGAAGCUUCAAGCUCAAUGAAUGGUGAAGUGGGGAGUUAUCAGUUGAGGAAGAAAAGUUCAGGCAAGCCCCGAGGAUUUGUGGAUGUUUCCAUUCGCGUGUCCGAGGAAGGAGAUGAACCAAGUUUUUAUACAGGUAAUGAAGGAGGAAUAAUGCUCAUGGACAAUAACAACCACCAUGUCGACUUGGGCAGUGAGAAUGCACUAGCUCCAGCUUUCCCAACAGGGCCAACACCAUUGCCUCUCGCCGCUCACAAGCAACAAAACCGACAGAAAGUGGAACAACCCUACACGCACCCCACCCCAUUCCCCAUGAACUAUGCCGACCACCGUGUUGGAGGGCCGAGCUACACUCCGGCGAGUGGUCCGAGCUAUCGAGGCCCAUUUCUAACUCCUCAUUUUCCUCCUCCUCCUGCAUUGGGCCCACCUCAAAGGGCCGGUUAUUUGCCAGCUGCCCUUGCAAGAACGGACUAUAACCCGGGGAGCUACAUAAACAUGCCGUAUUCGGGAGGAGCGGUAGGACGUGGCGGGGUAGGGCGUGGUUUUGGACUGGGAGUAGGAGCUGGAGCGGCGGCGGCAGCUGGGGCCAUCAUGUAUGGUGACAGUAUUUUGUCGGGAUUCGAUGUCCCUGUCGGGAUGCAGGACCCUAGCCUCACCAUCUCCCUGGAUCCUCUUUUCUGAUCAACCAAUAAAUUAAGCUCCUGUGGGCUGUAUUUAUAUCUAUCCUGCUAGUAGGAGUUACCUGCAUACCAAGUUUUGUUUUCUUAAAUUGAUUUCUUUGUAUAUAGUAAGGUUGUUGAGGCAGUUACCGCCGAACUUUCUUGUUUUGACAUCACUUGUUUAGUGUACUAUUUUAUGAACUA